AUGGGCUUGGUGUUUGCUUGUGGCCACACUUUGGAUGGUGCACUGGGACUCGGGUACGAAGUCAACGGCUACGUCGCACAGCCGACACUCGUGGAUUUCUUCUUCGACAAUCUGAUUGUCGUUCGCGAUAUUUCCUGCGGUGGAGAUCAACUGGUCGGGGCUCAUUCUGCUGCUGUGAGUCAGGAAGGGAGUUUGUUCUCGUGGGGCGUGGGCAUUGCACUGGGGAGAGGGACUUUGCGUAGUGCGUCGACACCUCAGCGAGUCGACUUGCCGCCAGUGGAACUAACUCGCGAUGGGAUUACCAUCACAAAGCCAUCGACAUCCUCUGUUCACUCAGUUUCGUGCGGUAGUGGGUUUUGUGUGGCUCUGACACGAGACGGCUAUGCUUUCUCUUGGGGCAAAUGGAGUGACGGACGUCUUGGUCUUGGUCGGAUCCCAAUUAUCGCGCGGACGUCUCGGCGGCAUGGAGGAGGGGCUGUGCGGAAGCAGUUCCAGUCGUUUCAGCUCACACCAAGACAGAUCCACAACCUCUACUCGGUGGGAACGAAAGCAUCGCACAACAGGUUAUGUGGGGAAGCUCUAUUCACGAAGGUAGCGUGUGGAGAUGCCCACUGCGUUGGUCUGACGAGAGCUGGGGAGUUGGUCACCUGGGGAAGAGGCAACAACGGCCAACAAGGGCGAGGCGACGCCAGCGAUACACUCGCACCCACCGCGGUAUUCCAAGGAAACAGUCAGAAAUGGUGGCGUGAUGUUGCAGCGGGCGAGAACUGGGGCAUGGCUCUAUCAAACGACGGGCAAGUGUGGACAUGGGGUGCUUGUGGCGGUGCAGUACUUGGCCACGGACUCUACGGCAGCCAGAAAAAUGCUCUUCUGGCUGAAACAAUCUUGCAGGACCACCAGCGACUCGUUUCGCAGCACAAGAAGUCCGCGACUGCCGCCGUACCGUGCCCGACACUGCCGUGUAUGAAGUGGAUGGCACCGCAAGUGAUCCGAUGCUUCGCUACCCCCGAUACCAGAAUUUGCCGCAUCAGUGCUGGAGCUCAGCAUGCUGCAGCCAUUUCAGAUAGCGGAGACCUUUACAUGUGGGGAGACGGAUAUUCGGGCGCUAGCAUGGAUGGCUCCAAGACGAACCAACUGGCUCUCUCCAGUCUACCGAAGCUUGUGAAUUGCGGUCAUCGAUUUGAGCAAGGAGAAGAAUCCGUUGACCAGUUUAUCGCCGAUAUAGGGACGCACAGUGUCGAGCACGUGGUAUGUGGUGGUCAUCAGACGAUCGCCUUCAGCUCCGGCAGCUUUCUUGCUCGUUCGAUGACUAAACUCUACAGGGAGGCUAUCGUCCACGCACAAGUCGGUGAUCUGGAUCAAGCAACAGCCAUCACAGGCGCUGACCUCGUGUUGGUGGUAUCCGGUCAGCGCCUUCUGGUACACAAGUUGCUGCUUGCUCAGCGGAGUCCCGUUCUGCGUCAACUCAUUCUCGACGAAGAGCAGCAGCAGCAGAAUCGCCUUGAUAGAGCCGAAGGUGACGCACUCAACCGGACAGAAGUCAUGGAAUUGCUGCUUCCUCAGCUACGCGUCGACGUUGCCAGAGCGCUGGUGGAAUUUAUUUACACGGACAAUUUCUCGAUGGAAGUGACCAAGACCUCGUACUAUCUGGUGAAUGACGUCCUGCGCGCUGCAAGGCUCUACAAACUGCCUGGUCUUGCUCGACUCUGCCAGGAACGUCUCUUUUCCUCUUCGUCUCUCUUUGGGGAGUCUACUUCUUCACCAGCGCUUGACGAGAUGGAGGAGGAAGACGAUGACACUGACACUGAAGAAGGCGUAGCAGGGGAAGACGUAGGCAGCACCACGCGCACUUUAAACGACGACAUGAAAUUCGCCUUGAGUGACAUGGCGUGGGCAGACACAGUGUUAAUAGCGGAGGGGCGACAGAUUCCAAUACAUCGGUGCAUGCUGGUAGCCCGAAGCGAGUACUUUCGAGCGGUACUCGCCUUCCAGCAUUCAGCCUCUCAACUCAUGAAUGAUGCUCACGACGGUAAACUGGCCGUCGUCAGUGUCGAAGACUCGUACGCCGGAAUUGUACGCGUCCUUCGAUUCAUUUACUACGACCAGGUCACGCUACCGAAGUAUAAGGAGGAGAAUAACGCAAGAUUGGUACACAACGACGUCGAUGUCAGUGGCGACGAUGGCGCAGAAUUCAACGUUGAGGAAGAAGCAAGUGACCAACUAUUAGAAGAUCUUGUGGCCGCGGACAAGUACGGACUCGAGCGCAUGAAGCGCUUGUGCGAGCAUGCGAUCUAUGUGACCGUAGCGAACUGCCUAGAAGUGCUUGUAGUUGCUGAGCUAGUGCACGCUGCUCACCUGAAGCAGGUCGCCAUGAGGUUUGUGCAAACAAACCUCGCAGACGUCACCGCUCGUCGAGAAGAGUUUCAGCAUUUCCAGCAAGAUUUCCCGCAGCUUUUAGAGGAGCUAUACGUCAGCCUUCGCGAUGCCAGUCGAGACGAGUUUCUGCUACGCGAGUGGCACAAGGAGGUAGCAACGAGCUUAGCGGCCCAGCGUGAGGAGCGCGAGCUGGAGUGGGGCAAAAAAUCUGCAGCACCUUUUCCAUGGGUGCCGCUGAGCUUGGCAGUCGCGUUCGGCACCAUGUACCUAUCCAUGAUGAACUCGCAAGAGCACGAGUAUUCUGCCGUCCCAGCUACCAACUUGGUCGCGAUUGCCGCUAUCGGCGGGGCUAUUGUCAUGGGAUAUCUCUAG